UUGAAGGACAUCCCAUCUUAGAAUUGGGUCCAAGUUGACAUGGGAUUCCAUGGCCUCCAUGCAACCCAUGGAUUUGGCCCAGGUAAUUUGAGCUCUGAUUCAGAGCUGGUGAUGGUUGGCCUAGAUACACAAGACAUGGCUAUCUGUCAUUUGUUGCGUUGCAUCAUUUUUUUGUUUCAGGUUGUCGUAGGCACUCUAGACCGCUAGGGGCCUGAGGAAUUGUGAGGGUUUUCUGAAGAUCCUUGGAGGGGAAACAAGUGGCACCCAAACACGGUCUGUUCAAACUUGAUGGCAUCUUGGCGAAACAAAUAUUUCAGUUUUCCAAUGGACAAAUAAGUGUACUUUUCUGUACUUGUACAAUCUCUCUUUUUUUUUUUAAGAAAAAAAAACCUUUUAUUGUCUCUGGGUGUUGUUGCCCUUUUAAUUUCUGCAGAAACAACGUGAAUUGAAAGAGGAGAAAGAAGGAGGCACAACUUUGGAAAGAGGGAAGAUAAAAAAAGAAAGCAAAGAAAAAGAGCAGGAGGGACCAAAAGAAAAAAGAAAAAGACCAUGGCUGAAAGUGACUCCGAAAUAUUUCUACCUGGGAGCAGUUCUGGACAUGAUUAUGGUACAUUUGGAUCCUCACGUAGGAAACAAUUUGAGGCAGCUAUUUCUGAAGGGAAGCUUACUGAGGCCCUCUCUCUCAUUGUGGAUGAACCGAGCAAGUCGUUUGAAGAUUUUCCUCUCAACGUUGCUGUGGUAGGAGAACCAAACUCUGGGAAGUCCUCCCUCAUUAACACCCUGCAGAACCCACAUCUGGAUGAGCCCGAUGCAGCUGCAACUUAUGUUGCUACAAAAGUAAAUGUCCCAAAUCUAGAAUUUGCCCCGGUCAAGUUUUCAGAGAUCACCUGGAACAAAGAAUUACUUCAGGGGGAAGAUGCUGAUGGCCGGAAGGUAGACUUAAAGGACUUCCAUUACUUCAUCAUAGUAGACCCUCAGAUUUGCCAGGCCACUUCUUUGCCGCUUGCGCUUAAGAUCCAAAAAAUGGACAAAGAGUUUUGUCUGGUUCAAACCAAGGCAGACCUGCAAUUGGAGGAAGCUAAGAAGCGACAACCAUCUCAGGACGGUGAAGAGAGCCUCUUGCUCACCUUCAGGGAGUCCUUGAAAAAUAAACGGGUGAAAGAACCUCACGUCUUUGCCGUGUCCAACAGGGAUCCCCACCGCUUUGAUUUCCCCCAUCUGCGGGAAACUUUGAUGAGCGAGUUCUUGUGGAAGAAGAUCCUUGCUGUCAUUUCUCCUAUUUUGGAGGGGAAGGCAGACAAAAUGAAGAAAAUGAUCUGGGUGCUCACCAUUUUCUCCGGGUUUAUAGCUGGGAUCCCCGUCCCAGGAAUUGCAUUCUUGGGGGGCCUUGUGAUUCUCAUCAUGUUUGGUUCCUGGUGCUGCCAUAAAUUUGGCGUGGAUGAUGCGUCUCUCUCCAAACUUGCCAAGCGAAUCAAAGUAGUACUCCGACAUCUGAAAUCAAUAAUGACCUCCCAGUCCAAAAAGAAAAUGGUUUUACGGAGGCUACCAGAUUUCCUGGGAUCCUCAGUGAUGAUUGCAGAAUAUUUUUAUUGGAAUCGUUUCCCCAUCAUCGGCUGCAUUUUGUCAGUAGUAAUUUCGCUUAUUUCCUCUUUCUUCACACUGAAGAAACUUCCGUCAGAUGUUAAGAAAGACACCCAGAAUAUUGUAAUUGCAGCUGUCAAGCCGAAGAAGACAGACCCUGAAAACUCAUAAAUCAUUAUUGGCCCGGCAAUGUAAAAAAAAAAAAAUAUCACAGCUUUCAAAUCGUUGGAUGCAGUUCCAAAAAUUACUGCAAAUUGAAGGAUUGUUGUUUUUAGGAAUGACACAUUUUUUUAAUGUGACCGAUGGGGGGAGGGGAAAUUAUUAAAUCCAUGACCAGACGGGAUCCCCCAUUAGAUUU